AUGAAUCGAUCUUUUGAAAAAAUUAGACAACUGAGUCGCUCAAAUAACUUACAUGUGUAUAAUGCUUUCAAAUAUACCUACUGUUAUUUGAAUAUGAUAGCAAUCUGGCCAUUGUUAUUUCAAAAUUAUAAUUUUAAAAAAAUAUUCACGAUCAUUCACGUGUCUGUUAUUAUUGUUGUUCUUGUAUGGCAAAUAGUUUUUAGAUCUUACCAUAUAUAUUUUUAUGCGAUCGACUUAGAUGAUCAGGUUACUUUACUGGGCCCCAUGUUAUUCGUUUUGGUGUCAUUACUUAAAUAUUUAUCACUUCUUUAUCGCGGUAAUUUUAUCACUAAAUCUAUAAAACAUAUAUAUACCGAUUGGAGUGUAACACAGUGUCAAGAAGAAAAGGAUAUUAUGAUAAAAAAAGCCGAAAUAAGUACAAAAAUAACUUCGAUAUUUUCGGUAAUCAUGUACGCUGGCGGACUAUUUUAUAACUUUAUAAUGCCUCAUGUGAUACCACUUAUAUUUCAAAGUGAUCACCAAAAAACUUCUGAACGACUAAUCAUUUUUCCUGGUUACAAUAUUAUAAGAAUAUUUAGUUUAUCUCCGUUUUAUGAAAUAACAUACUUUUUUUAUACUAUUGCGGCAUUGUCUUGUUACACGGUUCUCGUAGGCACUUGUAAUUUACUUGUCUUUUUAUUGAGCCAUGCAGAUGGCCAGAUUGAUAUAGUUACAGUCCAAUUUAAUUCACUAAUAAAGGAUAUGAAGUUUUCAUACGCAAAGAUGUCAACUAUCAUACAAAAUCACGAUCGAGUACUUCAAUUUUCUAACAAAAUUCUCAAAAAUGUUUUAUCUGAAAUUUGUCUCGUAGAAAUCGGUGCAACUACUAUACUUCUUUGCAUUUCUGAAUUUUCUUCUCUGAGGCUUUUAAGAAAUGGAGACAUCAUAAAUACGAUACCAUAUAUUAUAAUAUUCGGUGGUUUGAGCUUAAACAUGUUGAUACUGUGUUACUUCAGUGAAAUUCUCAACUCACAGUUCAGUGGAAUUGGCAAACAGCUUUAUAUGACCCACUGGGACAAGAUUCCACUCAACGCAAGGAAAUGUUUAAUCCUAAUAAUAAAUAUGUCUCAGCGAACUAAAAAAAUAAGCGUUGGCGGGGUCAUUGAUCUUUCGUACAUGACUUAUUUACAAAUUAUCAAAACUGGAUUUGCAUACUUACAAAUUUUAAAAGCUUCAAAUAUUUAAAAUAA